AUGCAUAAUACUACUCCUCUUACAGACAAUCUAAAUAUAAACACAAUUCCCUUGAACUUUAGCACUUUCGCAAGUAAUCUUCCUAAACAAGUUGCCCUCCCGCCGCUAGGUCAUGAUUAUGACCAGGUUGCUAAUAUCAUUCACCCGGAGAUUCUUAAGUACCACUACGAGGUGCUUCAUCGCGGAUAUGUGGAUCGGUACAAUGCGGCUGCAGCAAACUUUACGGACCAGUCGAUUGAGAACUUUCUCAGUGGAUCGGGUAUUACGGAUCCGGGGCGAAAUAAACAGUUCUUGUUUGGUGGCUACAUCAACCAUGCUCUCUACUGGCGCUCGUUCUCUCACGAUGCAGCUAACUAUCAGAUGUCUCAAAAUCUGGCUGCUCUAUUCAACCAGGCUUUUAAGAGCCGAGAAAGCUUCAAAGAGGAAGCAACUAAGGCCAUGAAUCAGAUCCAUGGCUCGGGCUGGCUUUGGGUCAUGUACUCCCCUCAGGCAGACCGGGUUUAUCUUAACAUCAGCAGUGAGCACUGGUUCCCUGUUCAGGACGUUCCCUUGCUUGCUGUGGACGUCUGGGAGCACGCGUAUCUCUGGUACAGCGAGAAAGGCUGCAAAGUCCAGUACAUCAGCAAGAUUCUGGAUGCACUCAACUGGAAGUAUGCCAGUGAGCGGCUGGAUCUAGCCUUGGCAGCCAAGGAACAGGAUAAGAAACAAAGCGGCCUUCCGGCGUCGGAUCCGGGCAUUCCCGCUAAUGUCUUAUUGAAGGGCUGCCACACAAGUUAG